AAUAUCCAGAAGCUUCCCAAAACCCUCUUUUAAUACACAAAAACCCUACUCAUAAACCCAUUCUUACAGGACAAUUCUGGUCAGAAUUUAUCAAAUCCAAAAUCAAAAUGCACAGACUAUCUAAACGUUCUGUUUCUGCUAUUCUGACCACCGGUGGCUCACGUUACCGGAGCUUAGCCGCCGUCCCUGUCUCCUCCUCCUCCUCUCGCUUCCCUGAUUCAGCUGUGGACAGAGAUAGCAGAGUUAGAUGGUACUCGCCAUUGCCCAAUGGCAAACUGAUCACAAAUGAGGCUUCCCCUUCUACUCAAUUAAACAUAAAAAGUGGCUUGUUUUUGGGUCGCCGAUAUGAAUCCACUGCGGCAGAAUCUGAUUCGUCGUCUCCUCCCCCGCCAGUGGGUGAAAAAUAUGAAUAUCAAGCUGAGGUUAGUCGCCUCAUGGACCUCAUUGUUAAUAGUCUAUAUAGUAACAAAGAAGUGUUUCUUCGUGAGCUUAUUAGCAAUGCAAGUGAUGCUCUAGACAAGCUGCGUUUUCUUGGUGUAACCAAUUCUGAGCUUUUGAAGGACGCUGCUGACCUUGACAUCCGUAUUCAAGCUGAUAAGGACAAUGGAACCAUAACUAUCACUGAUUCCGGUAUCGGUAUGACACGGGAGGAACUAAUUGACUGUCUUGGAACUAUUGCGCAGAGUGGAACUGCAAAAUUCUUAAAGGCACUGAAGGAUAGCAAGGAUGCCGGUUCUGACAAUAAUUUAAUUGGUCAAUUUGGUGUGGGUUUCUAUUCAGCCUUUUUAGUUGCAGAUCGGGUGGUCGUAUCAACAAAAAGUCCAAAAUCUGAUAAACAAUAUGUCUGGGAAGGUGAGGCCAAUGCUAGCUCCUACCUCAUUAGAGAGGAGACAGAUCCAGAGAAGAUCAUUCCAAGAGGAACUCACCUUACAUUGUAUCUUAAGCGUGAUGACAAGGGCUUUGCUGAUCCAGAGCGAAUUCAGAAGCUUGUCAAAAACUACUCGCAGUUUGUCUCAUUUCCGAUAUACACCUGGCAGGAAAAAGGAUAUACUAAAGAGGUUGAAGUUGAUGAGGAGCCUACUGAAGCCAAUAAACAAGAUGAGGCAGCUGAGAAAAAGAAGAAAACAAAAACCGUUGUUGAGAGAUACUGGGAUUGGGAACUGACUAAUGAAACUCAACCAUUAUGGCUUCGCAAUCCUAAGGAAGUAUCUACAGAGGAAUACAAUGAAUUUUAUAAGAAAACCUUCAACGAGUAUUUGGAGCCAUUAGCAUCCUCACAUUUCACGACUGAGGGUGAGGUGGAAUUCAGAUCUGUACUCUAUGUGCCAGCCAUGGCUCCCUCAGGAAAGGAUGACAUGAUUAAUCCCAAGACAAAGAAUAUCAGGCUCUAUGUUAAAAGAGUAUUCAUUUCAGAUGAUUUUGACGGAGAGUUGUUCCCACGAUAUCUUAGCUUUGUGAAAGGUGUGGUGGACUCAAACGACCUACCUCUCAAUGUUUCACGGGAGAUUCUUCAAGAAAGUCGCAUUGUCCGCAUAAUGCGAAAACGCUUAGUUCGGAAGGCAUUUGACAUGAUUUUGGGAAUUUCUAUGAGUGAGAACAGAGAAGAUUACGAGAAAUUCUGGGAUAACUAUGGCAAGUAUAUGAAAUUAGGUUGCAUUGAGGAUCGUGAAAACCAUAAGCGUAUUGCACCUCUGCUUCGAUUCUUCUCUUCUCAGAGCGAAGAGGAAAUGAUAAGCUUGGAUGAGUAUGUAGAGAAUAUGAAACCUGAACAGAAGGAUGUCUAUUAUAUUGCUUCCGACAGUGUGACCAGUGCCAAGAAUACGCCUUUCUUGGAGAGACUUAUAGAGAAGGAUCUUGAAGUGCUGUUCUUAGUUGAUCCCAUCGAUGAGGUUGCAAUCCAGAAUCUGAAAUCAUACAAGGAGAAGAAUUUUGUUGAUAUCAGCAAGGAAGACUUGGAUUUAGGUGAUAAGAACGAGGAAAAAGAGAAGGUGAUGAAGGAGGAGUUUGGCCAAACUUGUGAUUGGAUUAAGAAGCGUUUGGGUGACAAAGUUGCGAAUGUACAAAUCUCAAAUCGUCUGAGCUCCUCACCCUGUGUUCUUGCAUCUGGAAAAUUUGGGUGGUCAGCCAACAUGGAAAGGCUAAUGAAGUCACAAACCGUCGGUGACGUGUCUAGCAUGGAAUUCAUGAGAGGUAGAAGGGUUUUUGAGAUCAAUCCCGAACAUGCAAUAAUCAAGAGCUUAAAUGAAGCAAGCAGGACUAACCCAGAUGAUGAAGAUGCCCUGAAAGCUAUAGAUCUUCUUUACGAUGCAGCUUUAGUCUCCAGCGGCUUUACUCCUGAUAAUCCAGCACAGCUCGGUGGGAAGAUAUAUGAGAUGAUGGGCAUGGCAAUUGCAGGAAAAUGGUCAAGCCCUGCUGCGUCAAAUUACACGUCUCAACCUCACAAUCAGAGCACAGAAACAUUAGAAGCCGAGGUCGUUGAGCCAAUUGUGCAAGCCGAAGCCAGUAAUCAGAAGUGAAGAUGAGAAGAGACUGCAAACAUAUUUUUGAUUCUCCAUUCCCAUAUAUCUAAAUGCGCAUAAAGCCGAGGAAUUUUUUUAGCUAGGUCCUUUGUUCUUAAUUGCCUGUGGUAAAAAAAACUGGACUGGCAAUAUCUAAAGUCUUCAUAAUUUGUGUACUAUGUUGUCUGGAAUCUUCUGCAUUAGCAUUUAUCUAAUGUCUUCACUAUACACAUUAGUCUAGCGUGGGCAAUUUUCAUUAAUAAUUUCCAACUUUUUUUCUCUUUUA